AUGUCGUCAAUCAAAGACUACGGCGUCUGGAAAGGCACGCCAACGAGCUACACCGCACAAACCCUCCAGCAAGACAAGACUCCUCACGUCACCCUCAAGUUCUCUGACGGCUCUGGCACAACAAGAGAAGCAGAGAUCAACGUUGCCUCCACCAGCGACGACAAGGAUCUCGUGUACUGGUUGCACCGUACAUGGAACCAUCCGAUCACCAAGAGCCUGACCGCACUUCCAGAGGGCUUUCACCAGGUCACCAAGACCGAUGGCGCGGGGACGAACCUCUCUCUUGACUACAUUCGCACGAAGCCGGCAUUGUUAGAUUUGAGCCAAGGAAGGGUGCUGCCGAACAAUGAAGCUGGGGCAAACAACGAUAUAUUGGACCAGCUGAAGCCGAUCCUCGAUGAUGCUAUCGCGGCCAAGGCGGUAGUGUAUUGCUUUGGGUCGAGCUAUGAGACGGGAAUCCAUGAUAUACACAUGAACCAGGGAAACGACGCCAGCUUCGGCAAUGCGGUGGGCUCGGAUGGUGCCGUGAUCUUUCACUACUCCGGCGAUGCGACGACCGCUGCUCACUUCGAGGCGGUGUUCUUGGCAUUUGCAGAUCAGAAAGUGCCGACGAACGACCAGACUGGAGCGCCGGACAGCGGAGCGCAGCCGUUGGCGCAGGUUGCUAAGGGCACGGCUUCGACGACUACGAGCAGCUAG